AUGCUUCGAAGAUCGACUCGCGUGCCAAAGCCAGUGUCUCUGACGACUGUGCACUUGGAAGAUGCAAUUAAGGAGCCAAAAACACCACCGACUGUGAACCAAGACUCCCCUUCCUCUUCCAAUGCUCCGCUCUCCAUUCCCAAAGAAGAAAACCAAAGUUCCAACGAGGAAUCAAAGCCCCACAAAUCACUGCCACAAGCCUCAACCUCACGUAAAGUGACAGAGUGCUUUAGCGAAAAAGAUAGUCUGGCUAUCUUUCGGUUUGUGCUCUCCCGGAUUCGGAGUCAAAACCCGGCCAGAGAAGGAAGAGUUGCCAAGCGAAGAGUGGAGCUGAAUUCGAUGGUCUUCUGGGAGAAAUGUAGAGAAUUUGUUGGCGCUGAUCGGGAUGUGCAUGGAUAUCGCACACACUUCUUCUACUUGCUCCGCAAGCUUCAUGAAUACAAUGGAGUGUCAAUGGACGACAAAGUGGAUAUAUAUUAUGCCCUCGACAUCCGCGUAGACCCCUCAAUACGUGAAAAGCUUGUGAGAAAGUUCGAGGUAGAGUUCGAUGAGGAAGGCAUAAUCACCGGAAGUCUGUUGCUCCACCACUGGGACGUGGUCCAUCCAGACAGCGAGCCAGAGGACGAAGAGGAUGGACAACCGACUCGUUGGGUGACUAUUGGCCAGUCAACCAACGACACUCGCUUCACGGAGGAAGAUGAUGGGCUCAUGAUGCAGUAUGUGGUGGAUAAGAUCAACAGUGGCUGCAAAGACCUGACGAUGAAGAAAGUGUGGGAGCAUUUCAAAAAGUUGUAUAAGAAGAGACUAUCCGCUGAUCGAACACCAAUCACGUAUCGUCUGAGAUAUCUCCGUGUUCUUCUCCCCAACAUUCACAAAAUGCCAUUGUCGCUUGAAACGAAAGCGGCGAUCUACUACCAUACAAAGCAGCCGGUUUCAGAGCAGUUUAUCAGAGAGCUCACAAGAGAGAUCGACGUGGUACUUCGUCAAGAUGGCCGCAUUAUGGUCUACCCGACGUGCCCAGCCCGGAUCUUUCUUCAUAUCUGCCAACAAAAUUGUGUUGUUGGAUUGAAGUCCAAAAACCGGCUAUCACUUCUCAAAGCACCACAGAAUUCACUCGCCGCUCAGGCGUUCUCCGAGCAAGAAGAUGCUCAAAUCUGGGAGCACAUUCUGAAUAAAUGCAAGCUCAACCAAGGCCAGAAGUUUCAAGUAAAGAUGAAUGGAUGGGCAUUCUGGAGACAAUUUAUUGAGGAAGUGGGAUCGCAACGACCAUGGCAAGUAUUGAGUGACCACUUCACCAAGGACCUCAUGCCGAACAUGAGGUACCUCUCUUGUGACGUCAAAUCCAAACUAGAGCUCUACUAUUCUCUAUCCCGGAUUGUCGAAGAAGACGUGCUAUUUGAGUUUGAACAAAUAGCCACCGUCACACUGACUCCGGUAGGAGCUAUCCAGAGUGCCGUCGGACAGGGCAUCAAAGUGGGACGGAAAGAGAGACCAUACGAGGAGUUUGAUGUCAACAGCCUAAAAUUGGUGACUGACAAAAAACCAGAAGGCUCCUCGAGUUAUUUCCUUCUUGAAGACCAUAAACGUUUCCCGCAACUCCCACAUGUUCCGCUAGUGGAAGAGGAAGAGCUUCCCACUGAAGGCAAAAAGGAAGAGCUUCCUACUGUAGGCUUCCUGAAGACGUCACAAUUGACUGUUGAUGUGAAGUCAGAGCAAUUGGGUGAAAGUAGUGGAGCGUUACUUCCAGUGGAGAAAAAACCGGAAGAUUUGCUGUUGAAUUCUGGAAUACCAAGCAAGAAAGAAUCCGUACUUCUAUCAAUGUUGAAGAGCAGAGAAGAGACACCACCUCCAAAAAAACCGGCUCCAAAAAGAUUGGCUCCAAGUCAUUGCUCUCAACAAUCUCCAGCCGAAAGCAGUACUGCUCCAAGCAACUCGACUCCAAGUCCACCGGCUUCAUGCUCUGUCGCUCAAAGCUCUUCAACUCCAAGUGGAUCGACUACAAGUCAGAUACCGCCACCAUGGUCCGGUGUAAAACGCUCUACCCCGGCCAUUUACUCUCCAAGACAACCGCAACCAGCAACGACUUCAUCGGGUCAAAGCUCCUCGACUUCAAGUCAACCUACUCCUCCUAUCGUUCAAAAACGUCUUUCUGCGAACGAAUUAGCUCAUAAACUUUUCCCGAGCUCAGCAGCUUCAAUUAGCUUAGCUAAUUUGGCUCCAAGAACGCCGGUCCCUUACCACCCCACUCGAUUUAUGGCGCAAAGCGCCUUUAAUCAAGCUUCCAGUACCGAAACGCGCUUGGUACCGAAAAUCACUAAAAUAAUCCGGUUGGUACCAAAGAAAUCAAGAGGGCCACCUAAACGGCCAACACCAUUGCCGACAAAAGUGCCACCGCAGUACCAAGGACCACUCUUUGCACCGCCCAGGAACAAAGUUGCAGAGAUUGUGAAGCCAGCGACUCAAGAGGCACAUUGCUCUUCGGAUUUUGGUCGGAUGACACAAAACUUCUCAACAAUGAGGAAAAACGAUACGCUCCCGGCUUUAUGCUCACCGCACUUCAUGCUCACCGCUGUUUCUUUGUAUGGAAAGGAGCUCAUCGAAUGGAAAACACCCAAAGAGCCCAAAAGGAAAAGGAAUAUGCCUCAAAGUGCUCCGGAGCCCGAGUCAUCAAGUACCAAGGAGAAAAAGCCAGAAGACAUCCACCUGGAAGGCUCAGUAGUGGGAGAAGUGAAACCGGAGUUAUUGGAUCAAGGAUUUGUCCCACAGGAAGAAGUCAAACCGAAUGUAGACGAAAUGCUUUCUAGCUCAUCCUCAGAACUACCAAUCAAAUCGGAAACUACCAGUGAAGCCAUUCGGUUUAAUCAAUAUCAGAAUACAAUGGCUCCUGGCAAACGUGUGAUGAUCCACCCAAAACCGAUCAACAUUCGGAGUGUACGUCCAUUGAAUUCUCCGUCUUCUCUUGUGACGCCGAAGAAAGAAUCAGAAACAUCUGCAACCAAUGGUAGUCAGAACAACGGAUCCACGACUUCUCUCCCACCUAUUCCAGCCAGACAUCCGCCGCCGCCAUACAUCAAGCCUGGAAAAAGAGAACCAAAAGUAUCGAUUCCGACGCUCUCUCAUGAUCCCAAACCUCCAAAUUAUGAGAGAGAUAUCCCAGAAACGCCACCACCAUUUGUAUACCGCAAACGAGUACCGUUAUUACUCACUAGAAAAGAACGGGAACUGGAAGAGCAGCUGGAGAGAGAAAAACGAGAGGUGUUGGCUAAAAUGAAAAGCGAAGCGGAGGACGUCACUGUCAAAGAAUUCCUGGUGAAACAACGGGAAGAGUCGAAGCGGAACAACCGCCCCGUGAUCUAUGUCCCGCCGAAGACUCAGGCAAGGAUUAUGAAGAGGACCAGUGACGUGGUGGAACCGCUAUCUCUCCAGAAAAUUCCCAGAAGAGAGUUCUCGGAGAAAAAUGCUGAAGCCAGAGCCCGAGAACAACACUAUCGACCUGUGCUAGAGCAUCAUGGCAAUAAGAUGGUGUACAAGACGAUUGAAUCCAUCAUGCACCAGCCAGGACCGUCCUCGUAA